CGUUAAUUCUGUCGUAAGUCUUUUCGCACUUUCGCGGACCGGCUCGUCGGAGUAGUCACAUCUGCCUCGUGGGAGCAUAUCUUCCUGUGCAGAGAGAACUAGCCCCGUGAAGAAGCCCAAAGUCCUCUUGAACGGAACACACUGGACCAGAAAGUAUGGCUACGAAUUCUAUCAAGCUAUUGACUGGAAACAGUCACCCGGAGCUAGCGCAGCUGGUUGCCGAUAGGCUUGGGAUCGAGUUGACGCGGGUCAUGGUUUCGCAGUACUCAAACCAGGAGACCAGCGUCACUAUUGGAGAAAGUGUGAGAGAUGAAGAUGUUUUUAUUUUGCAAUCGACACGACCUAAUGAUAUCAAUGACGGCCUUAUGGAACUCCUUAUUAUGAUAAACGCUUGCAAAACUGCGUCUGCGAGGCGCAUCACUGCUGUCAUUCCCAACUUCCCCUAUGCUCGCCAAGACAAAAAGGAUAAGAGUCGCGCACCAAUCACAGCCAAACUCAUGGCCAAUAUGCUCCAGACUGCUGGGUGCAAUCACGUUAUCACCAUGGAUCUUCAUGCCAGUCAGAUUCAAGGAUUUUUCAAUGUGCCUGUGGACAACCUCUACGCUGAGCCAAGCAUGUUGCGAUGGAUUCGUCAGAACCUUGAUGUAUCCAACUGCGUUAUCGUCAGUCCAGAUGCUGGUGGUGCCAAACGUGCCACUGCCAUUGCAGAUCGGCUUGAUCUCCAGUUCGCUCUUAUUCAUAAGGAACGACCACGGCCAAAUGAGGUCUCUCGCAUGGUUCUUGUAGGCAGUGUUAAGGAUAAGAUUGCUAUUAUUGUUGAUGACAUGGCCGAUACUUGCGGUACACUGGUCAAAGCUGCUAGCACCCUCAUCGACAACGGUGCGAAGGAAGUCCUCGCUAUUGUGACACACGGCAUUCUUAGUGGGAAGGCCAUUGAGACGCUGAAUACCGGGCGAUUGAGUCGUAUUGUUGUUACGAAUACAGUGCCGCAUCAGGAAAAGAAGUUACUCUGUGAUAAGAUCGAGACUAUCGACAUCAGUCCUGUGUUGGCGGAGGCAUGUCGACGAACGCAUAACGGGGAGUCAGUUAGCUUCCUGUUUUCGCAUGCGGUGUCCUAAUGAUAAUGCAUGAAUGGUGUGUGAUUUGCAGUGUGAUGAAAAUAGAUGUUUCAAGUCCUGUUGACUCGUUUCUCGCGAGCGUUUCUUUACCGAGAUUGCUGCCUCAACACUCUAUGUAUGGUCAAUGUCAUGUGAGAAUGAGCGUGGGGUAAUAUUAUGCAUACAAAAGCACAGGCUGUUGAGUUCAGACCACCUCCAUAA